AUGGCUACUCUAAUGGCACAUGGUUUUGUCCAUAUAUGGAGCAGGAAUACGGGGAUGUCUAAGCCCAAAGAAGCAUACAUUGGAAAAGUGGAAAGAAAGAAGAAUAUUAGACUGCUGGUCUAUUUCAGCACUGGAGAAUCUACAACUUUUCAACUAACUAAUAAUAUUAAAAAUGUGGUGCUUAGAUCCUAUGGAAGAAAACAAAAUCACCUGCAUUUAACUUUCCAAAAUAAUAACUUCUUGUUUAUUGAAGGAUUAUCUUCUGCAGAUGCUGAAGAGUUGAAGAUGUUCUUGGAUGGAUUCCAUCAAAAUAAUCAACCAUCCAUGAAACCUGUUAAGGAUGGAGGGAUCUUUGCCCGCACAACAACACAGAAGGAAAUCAACAAAAGUUCAUCUCACGAAAUAUGUAGUAAGUCAAGUAGUGGAUCUUUAGAGACAGAAGAAGGACAUGGAACAGCCGACCUUCAGCAGAAGCCUUUGUGUGCAUCAAAGUCAUCAACACUUACUUGCAAUGAUUUACCAGAAAAUGGACAGGAGAAGAAUGAAAUGUUAUCAUCUGGUUCAGGGAUGGGUGGGAAAUUCCUGCAAAAGAAUAGCUCUGUAAGAGAUAAGAAAUCCGAGACAAAUCUCUUGAGGUAUGUAAGCCACAAUAGGAAGAAAAAAUUGAGGUUAAAAAAUAAGAAGAAAUUAGCAUUUGAAGACUUAUUCAAGACCGAUUCUACUGGAAACCCUUACCUUCAGAGUGUUAGUGUUCUUCAGGUGCUUUGUGAGAAAAUAUAUUUGGCAUUUCUGUUGGAAGCAAAGUAUAGUGCAGAUAAGACAGAGUGGGAAAGACUCAAGAUGACCGUUGACUUGUACCCAGAGAAACUAUUGCAAGGCCUCCCCAACUUGGGAAACACCUGUUACAUGAACGCAGUUUUACAGUCCUUAUUUUCGAUUCCGUCUUUUACUGAUGAUUUAUUCAGUAAGGAUUCCCCAUGGGGUAAAAUUCCCCUUGAUGCUCUUCGCAUAUGUUUAGCACAGCUGUUUGUUUUGAAAGAUAUUUGUAACAUAAAAAUCAAGGAGAGGUUACUUGUGAACCUUAAAAAAACCAUCUCAUCAGUUGCAGAGAUUUUCUCUGACAACGUACAAAACGAUGCUCAUGAGUUUUUAGGUCACUGUUUAGAUCAGAUGAAAGAGAGCAUGGGGAAAUUAAACACCAUAUGGAAGGCUAAAAUUGAAUCUGAAGAGGAGAAUCCAGCUCAACAGAUCUUUCUUGGAAGUCCUUCCACUGAAGUGCUCAUUUGUCCCAUCAUCAAUAAUUUUGAGUUUGAGUUGCUGCGCUCUAUUACUUGUCAAGCCUGUGGUCAUGUUGUUCUCAAGACCGAAGUGAAUAAUUAUCUCUCCAUCAACCUUCCACAAGGAACGAAAUCACUUCCUUUGUCUAUUCAGUCUGCUUUUGAUCUCUUCUUUGGAGCGGAAGAGCUUGAAUAUAAAUGUGGGAAAUGUAAGCAUAAGAGUUCUGUUGCAGUGAACAAAUUUAGUAGGCUACCCAGGGUUCUUAUUGUUCAUCUGAAACGUUAUACCUUUGACGAGUUUUGGUCGCUAAGGAAGGAUGACCAGGAAGUCAUUAUUUCCACACAUUUAGGUAUGUCAUCUCAUUGCAAUGAAACUACCAAGCCACCUCCUCCUGUGAGCAAGAAUGUGCCUACUAGGGAUUUCCAAAUCCUAAAAGUCCUUCACAGCAUAAAAUUUGGAAACUUCUUUCUGUCAACACCUUCAACAAAGCCAACCUUGGCAUCCAAUGAUUCUCUGAUUCCACACAUUGGACCAGACAAAGAGUCUGAACCACAAAAAUGCCAGAUUCUUUGUGAAGGAUCAAAUGGAGAACAGAAAGAAGACCUGGGAAAAUGUCCUAAACUGAAUAUAACUGAGUCUGAAUUAGUAAACUUAGGAAUUGGAGCAGUCAUUGAAAAAGAGCUAUUAGCUGCUGUCUUAAUGAUGGAUCUUGAAGCAACGUCCCUUUCUCAGAUCCAGAAAGAUGAAGGUAAACCCACCAGUGGUCCAGACAGGAGUCUUGCCGAAGUUUAUCUUCAAGAAAUGUUUGAAAAUCUAAAACGAAAGAAAUAUGAGACAACUAAUACGCUUGUAGAUUUCAAGAGUGGCACUGAGACUAAUGAAGAUACUUAUAAACGUGAAAAAAAAGGAAUUCCAAAAGAAUUCAAAAAACCGACUAAACAGACCCAGCAGGAUGAAUGGCUGAAAAUCUAUGAAGAAGCCCUGCAGCAGGCACUGCUUGGAGCCCUCUUGAAGACACGUACCCGCUGGUAUGCAAAGAAACUCAGAAAAACUGCAGAAUUAUGUCUCCGGGAGGCCAAAGCAAAUUCCCUAGGGGCACCGGGUUCCAAUAAAAACCCUGGAAACAAAGAAUGUUUAAAUAAGAAGUCAGAAACUGAAGCCACAAAACCAAAAAGAAGUGGUAAGAUGAGUGAUCUCAAUUCCUAUCGGCUCAUUGGUGUUGUCAGCCAUCUUGGGAAGACCCCAAAUUCAGGCCAUUAUAUCAGCGAUGCCUAUGACUUUGAGAGGCAAGCGUGGUUCACUUACAAUGAUCUACAGGUAUUGAGUAUCGAAGAAGAUCUCAUGCAGGAGGCUAGGCUUUGCACCGGGUACAUCUUCUUUUACAUGCACAAUGAUGUUUUUGAAGAGCUGUUGAAAAGGGAAAAGAACUUCCAGUUUCGUAACACAAAGGCAGGGAAGACUCCUCGGGAGAAGUAA